UGGGGGGCAGCUUCGACCUUUCCAACAUGGCAGCAGGGCCGUGCCAAGUGCUCACUUCCGCCCGUGCGGGGAACCCCGGAGCGGAUAUAGCGGCCCCGAUUUCCGGUCUAGCUCCUUUUCGGCCCCGGCUGCCUCCACGCGAACAUGCCUCUGGCGAAAGACCUGCUGCAUCCCUCCCCCGAGGAGGAGAAGCGGAAACACAAGAAGAAGCGUCUGGUCCAGAGUCCGAACUCCUAUUUCAUGGACGUGAAGUGUCCAGGUUGCUAUAAAAUCACCACUGUAUUCAGCCAUGCUCAGACUGUAGUUCUGUGUGUUGGCUGCUCAACUGUGCUGUGCCAGCCCACCGGAGGAAAGGCAAGGCUUACAGAAGGAUGCUCCUUCAGGCGAAAGCAGCACUAAAGUGAAGUGUCUGAUGGGUGGGACGACCUGCGCGGGUGGCUGCACAGGCAAAUACAGAUGGUUCAAGAGGAUGGGAUUCAGCCCCAGAGCAACGCUAAGUGUCCACAUGUGAACAGAAGGCUUUCAACACGUCUCUGGAACGGGAGGGGAGAACAUGACUUUCAUGCUGUCCCUGUAGCCUCACCCAUCUGACUGUCAAUAAAUUUUGGAUAAAAUACA